AUGGAGCGUGAGACUUCGUCAUCUUCAACUCCUCCGGAGGAUCUUGUUACAUCGAUGAUCGGAAAGUUCGUCGCUGUCAUGUCUAACAACGACAUACGAUACGAAGGCGUUAUUAGCCUUCUCAAUCUGCAAGAUUCGAAAUUAGGUCUCCAAAACGUCGUUAGGGUUUAUGGAAGAGAGGUUGAGAAUGAUAAUGAGCAACGAGUGUUCCAGGUUCUUAAAGAAGUUCACAGUCACAUGGUAUUUAGAGGAAGUGACAUUAAGUUGCUUGCUGCACAAGAAACACUUUUCUUGAAGCUUAAACUGGUUAUUUUAAUUGCACCAAUAGCAGAUAACGAAGCACACGUUACUGUGUUUAGAUUUCGAGCUAGGCAUAAUUCUGCUAUAGGGCACGUAGGUAGCUUGAUUACUACCGAAGACGUGAGGAUUGAGGGGGUUAUCAGCCAUGUUAAAUUUCAUGAUUCGAUGAUAUUCAUGAAGAAUUGUAUGUGUUAUGGUACUGAGGGGAGGACGAAGAGAAGACGUUCAAUAGUAGCUUGCAAUCAAUUAGCUGGUUCAAUCCACUUCAAAUUCAGAGACAUUAAAGCUCUCGAAAUCAUCUUUGUUCGGGAACUUCUACACAAUGAUGAUCGUGAGUUUGCUGAUCAGUUUCCUCUACUAAGUAGAUCACACAUUUGUCAUCGCCAAGUCCACGAAACUGUUGGUUCAGAAACAUACGAAAUCGGUGGACAAAACAUGACACCCUCGACUGACGUAUGGGUCUAUGAUAAGCUCAUUGGCAAACAACGCAAAGCUCCUAGCAUGAUGGUGGCUCGUAAGAACGCCUUUACGUGCGUCCUUGAUGGAAAACCAAACACAUUAGACUAA